AUGAAGAAAAAAUUAGGACUUGACGCGACCUCCGGCCAUCCGAGCGACUGGAAAGAGCGUACCGGGCCCUUAGCGGCUGACGGGGAGCAGUCGAGAGCCACAAGUUUGCCAACGAGUCGGAUUCGAGUCGAGACCAGAUCCUCGGUGAGACAGCACCUGGCCGAUAGUGGUCGUGUCCAGCGGCUGAGGAUUGGCCUUACUGUGACCGAUAUAAGAGCCAUUAGCGAGCCGAACCUUGCCGAUUCUGAGAUUCGGGAACCGAGAGCCUCAGCCGAGGCCCUUUUCAGACCCGAGCCUCCCUUUUGGUUUCUGUUCUUAGACCCGAGAACGAUUUCACAAUAG